GGAGGUGCGCCGUUUAAAACUUUUACCUUCAUGUCGACAUACACAAAUUGACGAAUGAUGACGACCCCUGACGAGAUCAGACUCCAUACUCUGUAAACACUCAUCCGAUUGUCUCAGUAUCACCGUUGAACCAAAGUCUGCAGUCAGAAACCACUGAACUCGGAGGCGCAAACCUUCAAGAAAUCUCACCCUCAACCCCGCCAUCAACCCCUCCCCCGCACUCACUCACAUCACCACACACACACACACACACACACACGCACACACACACACCAAAAUGUCAGACCCCUGCAAAAUCCUCGUCUUCGCCUCAGGCAACGGCUCCAACUUCCAAGCCCUCAUCGACGCCGUCUCCUCGGGCGCCAUCCCCAACUCCAAGAUCAUCCGCCUCAUCGUAAACAAGAGCAAAGCCUACGCCACCACCCGCGCUGACAACGCCGGUAUCCCCUGGGAGUACUUCAACCUCAUCUCCCACGGCUUCCGCCAAAAGGGCGAGACCGACCCGGCCAAGCUCCAAGAGUCAAGAGACAAGUACGAUGCCGCCCUCGCGGAGAAGGUGCUCAAGGGGGAUUACAAGCCCGACCUGGUGAUUUUGGCCGGGUGGAUGUAUGUCUUUGGAAAGGCUUUCUUGGAUCCGCUUGAGGCGGAGGGGAUCAAGAUUAUUAACUUGCAUCCUGCGCUGCCAGGCAAGUAUGAUGGCACCAAUGCUAUUGGGCGGGCGUUUGAGGACUUUAAGGCCGGCAAAUUGGAGGACAACAAGACGGGUAUCAUGGUGCAUUAUGUCAUUGCCCAAGUUGACAGGGGGGCUCCUAUUCUGGUGAAGGAGAUUGAGUGCCGCGAGGGCGAGGAGUUGGAGCAGCUGGAGCAGAGGAUACAUUCUCACGAGCAUGAGCUGAUCGUUGAGGCCGCUGCCAAGGUGGCAGGUGAGAUCUUGGACAAGAAGAACAAGACACAAUAAAAGACGACAGGCUCGAGCCGUUGAUUCUGCCCAGACAUCCCAUGCUUUUACCACGCCUCUUCAUGUCCCAGGAUCAA